AUGUGGGACGGCCUGUUUAUGCUGCUCGCCUUGAGCACGGUUAUGGGUAUUGCCUCCUUCCUGGCCGGCAUCCUCCCGCUCUCCUUUAACCUCUCCACCCGACAAUUGCGCAUCAUCACUCUCCUCGGCACUGGAGUGCUAGUAGGCACCUCUCUGAUUGUUAUCAUACCCGAAGGCAUCGAGACCAUGUACAGCGCUGGAAGCAAGGCGCAUGCGCACAGUGCGCGGAGUGUUCAACCUACCAUCCCCUCGGUCGUGAGCCUGCAAAAAGAGAUACCUCACCCACCCAAGUUCCCGACUUGGAAGAGAGCAGAUGAUGUCGCCACGAACUCGCUCACUGGAGGAGCGGUCAAGGCGCCGGGCGCCGUCGACAUGACUAGCGACAAAGCUGCCAUCGAUAUGCAGUUGAAGAAGAUCAAGGACAGCAAGGAGAAGGAGAAGCCUGCGGAGGAUGCCCACCCGCAAAAAGGUGGAGACGACGACUCGACAGAAGGCCACAAAGAGGGACACACUCGCGUGCACGCACCGGAAGACGACGAGCCAGCCCACGGGCAUGCUGAAGCUGGCCACGAGGACGGGCCCAGCCCACAUGCAUACAUCGGCGUUGCACUGAUACUAGGUUACAUUCUCAUGUUCCUGGUCGAACAUCUGCCAGAAGCCCUGGCUUCCGCGAAACCAAAGUACCAGCCAAUGCACAUUUCGUUAUCGAACCUGGCACGUGGGCCGCACAACUCAUCUUCAUUGAGUCUCAACGGCAUGGGCAUGCAGAGCGCUGCAGUGACGCCUCUCGCAACGCCUGGUCUGCCUCCCCCACCUACAAAAAAGACACCAGCAGCCACAAUCGGUCUCAUUGUUCACGCAUGCGCCGACGGAAUCGCGCUAGGUGCCUCCUCCACAGCCGAGUCCACAUCUCUGUCGCUCGUCAUCUUCUUCGCGAUCAUGCUGCACAAGGCCCCUGCAGCAUUUGGUCUCACUUCUGUUCUUCUCAAACAAGGGCUUUCAAAACGAAAGGCGCGGACACAUCUCGCUUUCUUCAGUUUAGCAGCGCCAGCAGGCGCUUUGGCUACUUGGACCAUCGUACACUUGUUCGGACGCAACCACCUAGGUGGUGAUGAAGGCUUAACAUGGGCGACUGGCUGGGUAUUGUAUGUCGCCAUGCACUCCAUGUCUGAAGCCACAGCCUCUCAACACCCGCACGAAGACCCGACCGCGAACGGUUACAUGGACGCAUAUCCCGGUAACAGCAACAUGUCCAAGGGCGACAUAAGUAUCGUCAUGAUUGGCAUGCUACUCCCGCUUAUCACGCAAAUAGGACACGCACACUCACACGGCCAUUAG